ACAGUUCUGGAAAAUGCGGCAGCUGGCGGAGCUGUUGACGGAUCUUCUUGGCCCAGUGCCAACAAUGUUUUUAUGGGUAAUCGUCUCAUUUGCCUUCUUCCGAGCCCUGCAAUUCAUCGUUCGUUGGUACUUAUUUGGCAAAUGGACGUGGCCGAACUUUAACUUUUUCGACAUCCGAAACCGCAUUCGGAGGAGACGGAGAGGCGGUCAAGAAGCUGAAAAUACUGAAAAUCCGCCUGAAAAUGAGGCAGAAGCCGGCGAGCAGGUCGAACAGGAGCCCGAGCCCGACAGCAGAGAUCUGUCGGCUAUCCCACCGAAUAAGAAAUGGCGAAUCUCCAACGAAUGUGUCUCACUAUUCCACUCGGUUAUAUCAGGAUUAUGGGCCGCCUACGCACUUUUAUACUAUAAACAGCUCGUUCAGGACCUCGUUAAUUAUCGAUGUGACGUUGCAAUCAAUUUGGUUCUAAUGUCUGCGGGAUACCUUUUCCACGAUCUCGUCGAUCUUCUGGUCAAUGAGCAAUCCGCCAGAAUUAUCGAGCUUCUUUUCCAUCAUGUUGUCGUUCUUUCCGCGUUCGCCGUCACAAUGUUUUUCAACCGAUUCCUCGGCGUCGUUGUGUUCGGAUUGCUCAUGGAGCUCAACUCGAUUUUCCUGCACUCGAGGAGCUUGUUGAACUUGUACGGAGUCGACAAGAAGAGCCCAUCGUUCCGUAUAAUCGCUCUGCUCAAUAUGGUGACACUUUUCGCGUUCCGUCUCUGCGUUUCUGCGUAUUUAGUCUAUUUUGUGGUGGUCUCAAUUCCGGAUCUCGAGUGGUAUGUAUCAAUUAUUAACGGUCUAGUCAUCGCCUCGCUCGCCUCCACAAAUACAGUGCUCACUUACCGGCUUUUGGCAGCUGAUGGGCUUUUGGGCUCCCGACGUACACGAAGAACCCCCGCAGCUACCGCAGAAACACAAGUUGGUGACGUGGAAAGUGGUCCGCUUAGGACACAAGUUGAGGAUGAGGACCAUCACACAAUCGGAGUGCAAACGAUUCAUGGAACAACAGAAGACGCGACACAAACUGUUUGAACUCACCCCGCCGCUCCCCCAAUUGUACCUAUUUAUCUGUUAAAAAUUGAAAUUCUUCGGUUUUUUGGUGAUUUUUAAGCGAAAAAUCGCGAAAAUUUGAUAAAAAUUGGGUGAGGCUCGCCAAAUUUUGUAGUUUGUAGUCUAUAGCCUCACCCAACAGAUUUUCCACCAAAAAUCGACGUUUUCAGUACUUUUUCCUGCUUUUUUUGCCAUUUUUUUUUCUGUAUCUACCGUAAUACUUGUUAUUUAUUGAUUUUUCCCCCCAUUUUUUAGCCCCAAAUUUUUACCAAAUCACUCAUUCCAUGUCUAUCUUGGCCGCGCACCAAAGAUGCAAACUGUCAUUUUGAUGAUAUCACGAAGUUCCACGACGCUUUUCUCUGCUUACAGUAUUUAUUUUUUUAAAUUUUUUUUUUCACACGAAAUUGACUCUAAUUUAUAUUAAAAAUACUCGAUUUUUG